GGGCCAGGAGACAGGUUAUGAAAUUUACUGCCAGUUAUUAGGUUGAUGUCAACGCAAUUGACACAUCAUGUGCUCAUCUCGUGUCACCUUAUGUUCCAACGAUCAAUGUUUCAAAAAUAUUGUAACACUGUUUUACAUGCCAAAUGUCACUAUUGGCUAUACCCCUUAAUAGUGCACUAUAGGUAAUAUAAUGCGUUUUUGGACGCAAUCCUAUGUAUAUCAUGAGUAGGCAGGCCUACUCUAGAGAACUGUGAAACGCCCCUCCCUAUUCUAUGUGGGAGAUAGCCUAUUUUAGUCCGGGGUUCGCUUCUCCCCUCGCAUACCAACCUUUCUUAUUAUACCUCCGUGAUACAACAGAGGUAGAGGCAGCGGGGUGGUUAGAAAACUGCAUGUCCCAAAGAUCGCGGCGGCAACCAAACAUGAAUCUAGGCAAGGGCAACAUGGCAGCACCGUCAAGCCAGUCAUGUACAGCUCUGGAGCGGUCAAUCCGGGAGCGGGUCCCGACGCUUCUCACGGACCUCUACCAGUUCACCAUGGCAUAUGCCUACUGGCGUUCGGGCAGGCACAACGAGCCCGCCGUUUUCGAACUGUUCUUCCGCGACAACCCGUUCGGCGGCGGCUUCUCGCUCUUCUCCGGAAUGCACGACUGCCUCCUGUUUCUGCAGAGCUUUCGAUUCACUGACGAAGAUGUGGAGUACCUGCGUUCCGUGCUGCCCCCAGCCACUGACCCCGCCUUCUUCCUGUUUCUACGGGAACUGGACUGUUCCGGUGUCACACUCCACUCUGUCCCCGAGGGAACGGUGGUCUUUGCCAGGGUGCCUCUGAUGGAGGUGUCUGGUCCUCUGGCUGUGGUUCAACUACUGGAGACCAGCCUGUUGUGUCUGGUCAACUACGCCAGGACUGCCCUCGAUCGCAUGGCUCUACAGAGUGUGGUGCGGACAUCACUGGGGCCGAGCUCCCUGCCACCCAGGACCUCUAUAUCAGGCGGUGUGACGGAAAGGCCCGGAAAAUCGUUAACUCCAUCCACCCAAGUCAGACUGUUCUCUCUGCUGCCGCAUGGCAAGAGUCUGGUAUGCAGUAACGCGGCCCGGUUCCGUCUGGCUGCUGGUUCCAGGAGGAAGCUGUUAGAGAUGGGCCUGAGGAGAGCACAGGGGCCUGACGGGGGCCUCACAGCCUCAAGAUACACAUACGUCGGAGGGUUUGAUAUGACCAGUAACGUCCAGGCUGGCUUCCUGUUUGGAAUCCCCGUGGCGGGAACCAUGGCACACUCUUAUGUCACUUCCUUUUCCUCCCUGGAGGAGGUGUGGCCUCAGACGCUAGUGGCAGCAAACGGGGAUCAUGACAACAUCGAUCUGAUCUCGCUGACCAAGGGUUGGCUGGGGCGUGUGUGUGAGCUGCUGGGGGCGGAAUCUGGGAAGAUCCAUGAGGGUGAGCUGGCAGCCUUCUUGUCCUAUGCCAUCGCAUACCCACACAACUUCCUGCCAGUCAUCGACAGCUACAGUGUCACCUGUAGUGGCCUGCUCAACUUCUGUGCCGUGGCCCUGUCUCUGUUUGAGCUGGAAUACAGUCCACUGGGCGUGCGUCUAGACAGUGGAGACCUCUGCAGGCAGUCAGUAGAAGUACGCCAUGUCUUCAGACUCUGCAGUGAACAAUUCUCCAUCCCUGCCUUCCAGUCCCUUCUCAUAGUAGGCACCAAUAACAUCUCAGAGUACAGCAUGGCUGAACUCAACAAGAAGGAGAAUGAGAUUGAUGUGGUUGGUGUUGGAACACAUCUGGUCACCUGCACGAGACAGCCUUCACUCGGGUGUGUGUACAAGUUGGUGGAGGUUCGGGGCAGCCCCAGGAUGAAGUUCAGUGAGGACCCAGAGAAGAGUACUGUUCCUGGGAGGAAGGCUGUCUAUAGGAUGCUGGACACAGAGGGCCACCCAUUCUUGGAUCUGUUGUGUUUGUGUGAGGAGCCUGCACCUAAGGCAUGUGUGGCAGUGAGGUGUCAUCCUGUGGUUGGUAACAAGACCUGUCAGUCAAUCACACCUUCUCAGGUCAGCUGUCUACGCCUGGAGGUCUACACUAAAGGACAGAUCACACAGCCACUGUGCAGCACAGCUGAGACCAGGGAGAAGGUUCAGAGCUCCAUCCAGACCCUGCACCCCCGACACAAGAGAUUGCAGGAGCCAGAUUCUUACAUAGUGGCCGUGUCUGAGAAGCUCCAUAAUUUAAUUGCUGAGAUCAGAAAAGGCAGCAGCAACAACAGCAAUUUUCUAUUGGCCAACUGAGACACACAGGCUUCAGUCCCAAAUAGCACCCUAUUCCUUAUUUGGUGCACUUCUUUUGACCAGGGCUCUGGUCAAAUGUAAUGCACUAUGUAUGUCAAAAGUAACACACUUAAUAGUGGUAUUAGGUUAUGGUUUAGGACCUAGGGUAGAUUGUGUUACUCUCAGAUAAUAUAAAUGGUAUACUGACACAGACUGACACACGGACUGAUAGACUGAGACACAUGGACUGAUAGACUGACACAAAGACUGACACACAGACUAUGUCAAACCUCAACCAAAAGCAGUUCAUUUUGAAAUAAUGCUGGCAUUUUGGAAUACAGUUGACUGACAGCUAUGAGUUGUGGUGUAGUUUUCUAGUUUUAGUUUGGUACAAGAGCUUGACAUGCCUUCCUGAAAACCCAGUGAUCUGCACAAACAAGCAAUGUCUGUUAAUAUAUCAGUGUUGGAAUGGGCCUUAACCUGGUUCUACAAUUAGAUAAAUUAACAUUGAGAAUGGUUGCAUAAAUGUCUCUACUAUGAGCAAUAUUAAUUGAUAAGCCAUUUUAAGUUCAGAAAGAUUGAAUGUCUCUUUGUAUGUCCCAGCCUUGUCUUGCUAAUUUAGUUUUUGUGCUUUUCUUUGGAUUACGUUUCCUGAACCAGGCUAUUAUUUACUGUUUGUUUUAAUUAGCAUGGACAUUUUGUAUGAACCAAGCCUUCAAUAUCAUGGUCAAUCUAUACCUGCCUUAACACAUGGUCAAUCUAUACCUGCCUUAACACAUAGUCAAUAUCAUGGUCAAUCUAUACCUGCCUUAACACACAGUCAAUAUCAUGGUCAAUCUAUACCUGCCUUAACACACAGUCAAUAUCAUGGUCAAUCUGUACCUGCCUUAACACAUAGUCAAUAUCAUGGUCAAUCUAUACCUGCCUUAACACAUAGUCAAUAUCAUGGUCAAUCUAUACCUGCCUUAACACACAGUCAAUAUCAUGGUCAAUCUAUACCUGCCUUAACACACAGUCAAUAUCAUG